UCUUUAAAUACUCCACAUAUUCUAAUCCUCUUACCAUUGACAAAAAUCAAGUUCGUGUACUCCUAUAACAUUCAUAGGCCUAUCCUAUUUCACUAGGAAACAAACUCCCCAUCAUCAUCACCUCUCUCAAAUAUAUAUAUAUAUAUACACACACAUCAGAUUGAUCAUCGCAAUACACGCAAAAACAGCAGAAAAUUCCCUCUCCGGAUCAUCAGCAGCCAUGGAUCAUCAACUUGACCCCUGUCUUCGAUUGCAAGAGCUUGGUAUUGAGCAUCACGGAGAAGAAGAAAUCGCGGAGAAAUCAUCGUCAUGGGAUAAUCUGGUGGAGGAAAUAAAAGGAAUCAUCGGGUACGAGUUCAGAAACCCUAGUUUGCUGCGACAAGCGUUUACCCAUUACUCGUACUUGGACCAGGACAAGACCUCGACGGCGUCGUACGAGAGGCUGGAGUACAUGGGGGAUGCGGUGCUCGGAUUCUUCAUGGCGAAGGAGCAUUUCGCGAUGUACCCGGAUUUGGCGCCGGGGCAGCUCACGAAGCUCCGAGCCGCAAACGUUGACAACGAGAAGCUGGCGCGCGUGGCGAUGAAGUACCGGUUGCACACGUUUCUACGUCACAAGAAGCCUCUUCUUGGUGGACAAAUAAAAGAGUUUGAAGAGGCGAUUGUGGAAUAUCCAGUGCAUUCUUCAGGACUAGUUGAUGCACCAAAAACCCUUGCAGAUAUUGUUGAAUCAUUGGUGGGAGCGGUUUAUGUUGACUCUAACUCCAUGGACACAACUUGCAAGAUUAUCCGGAAUUUGCUACAGCCUAUGAUCACUCCAUCAACUCUCCACACACAUCCAGUCACAAUGCUUUACGAGAUAUGCCACAAGAACAAAGUGAAACUCGAAAGUAGAGACUUGUGGAAAGAAACAGGGGAGAUUGAAUUUAUUGUGGACGACGAAUUUGUGGGACGAGCAAAGUACAGAGCCAAGAGGGUGGUUGCUAACAACAGGGCGGCGAAUGAAGCAUACCACAAGAUUUUAAGAAAGUUGAGGCUGCAAACUACCAGAGAUGAUCAUCACUAAUCUUAAACUUAUAAGUCUCUAACCCUCUUCUCAGUUCAUCUACCAGGAAGAACCCAAUGUUGUAUGUGCAAAAGUGAGAUAAUUUAUGCUGGGUUGGGAGAAAAUGUGUUCUUCUAGUGGCAAUUCUUUUCCUCCAACUUCCUCUAUUCUUUGGGAUUGUCUGCCAAAUUAUGAGUCUAUAAACUAAGAAUUUGAAGUCUCGAGUGUUUCUGGUUCGGCGUUUGAUUUGAAUCCUAGUGUUCUGAGCAUCAAGUUCAUAACACGGAAUCUUGGUACAUAAAUCAACAUUUGCAACUUAUGACAAAGCAAUACAUUGAUAGAGUCUCCUAAUGCAUCGGUUACAUAAUGUGAUGCAAGAGAAUAUG